CUAUCCCUUCAGAUUUGAGACUUCAUGACUUAUCCCACUUUGUUUUCUCCGAAGUCAUUCUUUAUUCUUUGACUCUCACAUUUUUCUUCUUCUCUACUUUGUGAGCACCCAUGGUGAGAUUGAUUUUCAGCACACACACCUCUCCUAGUUGUUUCAAUCAACUCUACUGACAUAUUAAUUCAAAGAAUGCAAGCUCUAGAAAAACGAGAGCAAGUUUCGAGACAGAGGAAACAUAGGAAGCAUGUCACUGCAGUUGAUAAAUUUAUCUCCCCUCCUUCACCUGUUAAUAAUAUGUCCAAUAAUCUGCCGGGACCUUAUAUUCUAAAGGACCACGAUGAGCUAUGUAGAAACACCAUAAAAGAUCUAUGCAAUGCAGAUAUAUCAGAAGGAAUAUUUGUUGCAGGGAAAGAUGUUUCCCUUCUAGAGACCACGAUAAGGAAUCCCAAGAGGCCUCUUAGAAACCUUGGCGGAAAAAGAGUGUCACAACGCCCGAUUCUUGCCUUUUUCGCUGGAAAUAUGAUCGGUCCGGUCCGGUCCGUCCCAAACUUCUUAAGUAUUGGAGGGACAAAGAUGAAUCCAUAAAAAUUUAUGGACCUUUACCCCAUAGAGUCUCAAGAGUUAUGUCUUAAUACGAACACAUGAAAUCAAGCAAGUUCUGCCUUUGUCCGAUGGGUUACGAAGUUAACAACCCGAACAUUGUCGAGGUGAUAUAUUAUGAGUGUGUUCCAGUUAUCACUGCUGAUAAUUUUGCCCGUCCAUUUGACGAAGUUCUUAAGUGGAUGGCUUUUUCUGUGGUUGUUGCUGAGGAGGAUAUUCCUAGGCUAAAGGAGAUUUUAUUGAGUAUACCUAUAA